GUGCGUCCAGACGGGCGGGCGCGCGGGAAUGGGGGACGAGGGGCCGCACUACUAUGGGAAGCACGGAACCCCACAGAAAUAUGACCCCACCUUCAAGGGACCAAUUUACAACAGGGGCUGCACCGAUGUCAUUUGCUGUGUGGCCCUCCUGCUGGCCAUCGUGGGCUAUGUGGCGGUGGGCAUCAUAGCUUGGACCCACGGAGACCCUCGCAAGGUGAUCUACCCCACUGACAGCCGUGGCGAAUUCUGCGGCCAGAAGGGCACCAAGAAUGCGAACAAACCAUUCCUGUUUUAUUUCAACAUUGUCAAGUGUGCCAGCCCCCUGGUCCUGCUGGAAUUCCAAUGUCCCACCCCCCAGAUCUGCGUGGAGAAAUGCCCCGACCGCUACCUCACCUUCCUCAGCGCGUACAACUCCCGGGACUUGGCGUACUACAAGCAGUUCUGUGUGCCCGGCUUCCAGGGGAGUAAAAGUGCGGCGGAGGUGCUCCGUGACGAGGACUGCCCGGCUGUGCUUAUCCCCAGCAAACCUCUGGCCCGGCGCUGCUUCCCGGCCAUCCACGCCCAGAAGGGGGUGCUCAUGGUGGGCAAUGAGACGACCUACGAAGACGGGCAUGGGGUGCGGAAAAACAUCACGGACCUGGUGGAAGGCGCCAAGAAGGCUAAUGGGGUGUUGGAGGCGCGGCAGCUGGCCAUGCGAAUCUUCGAAGAUUAUACAGUCUCCUGGUAUUGGAUCAUCAUAGGCCUGGUCAUUGCCAUGUUGCUUAGCCUGCUUUUCAUCACCCUGUUGCGUUUCCUGGCCGGCGUCAUGGUCUGGGUGAUGGUGGUCAUGGUGAUUUUAGUACUGGGUUAUGGAAUAUUCCACUGCUACAUGGAAUACUCGCGGCUGCGCGGCGAGGCGGGCUCCGACAUCUCCCUGGUGGACCUGGGCUUUCAGACCGACCUGCGCGUCUACCUGCACCUGCGGCAGACCUGGAUGGGGUUCAUGAUUAUCCUCAGCACCGUGGAAGUCGUGAUCGUCCUCCUGCUCAUCUUUCUGAGGAAGAGAAUCCUCAUCGCCAUUGCUCUCAUUAAGGAAGCCAGCAGGGCGGUGGGUUACGUCAUGUACUCCUUGCUGUACCCGCUGGUCACCUUCUUCCUGCUGUGUCUUUGCAUCGCCUACUGGGCCAGCACCGCUGUCUUCCUAGCCACAUCCAACGAAGCCAUCUACAAAGUCUUUGAUGACGAUGAGACCUGCACGCUGGUGGGGAAGACCUGCAACCCUGAGGUCUUCCCUUCUGCCAACGAGUCGCGUGUGUGCCCCAAAGCCCGCUGCCAGUUUGCUUUCUACGGGGGAGAAUCCAGCUACCACCGGGCGCUGCUGGGGCUGCAGAUCUUCAACGCCUUUAUGUUUUUCUGGCUGGCUAACUUCGUGCUAGCCCUGGGCCAGGUCACCCUGGCCGGGGCCUUCGCUUCCUACUACUGGGCCCUGCGCAAGCCCGACGACCUCCCGGCCUUCCCCCUCUUCUCUGCUUUUGGACGGGCACUCAGGUACCACACCGGCUCCCUGGCUUUCGGCGCCCUCAUCCUGGCCAUCGUGCAGGUCAUCCGUGUGAUCCUGGAGUACCUGGACCAACGCCUGAAAGCGGCCCAGAACAAAUUUGCCAAGUUCCUCAUGACUUGUCUCAAAUGCUGCUUCUGGUGCCUGGAGAAAUUCAUCAAGUUCCUCAACAGGAAUGCUUACAUCAUGAUCGCCAUCUAUGGCACCAACUUCUGCACCUCGGCCAGAAACGCCUUCUUCCUGCUCAUGAGAAAUAUCAUAAGAGUGGCCGUCUUGGACAAGGUCACUGACUUCCUGUUCCUGUUGGGCAAACUCCUGAUUGUGGGCAGUGUGGGGAUUUUGGCUUUCUUCUUCUUCACGCACCGCAUCCGGAUUGUGGAGGACACAGCACCCCCUCUCAACUAUUACUGGGUUCCUAUACUGACGGUGAUUGUGGGGUCCUACUUGAUUGCUCACGGUUUCUUCAGCGUCUAUGGCAUGUGUGUUGACACGCUAUUUCUCUGUUUCUUGGAGGACCUGGAACGCAAUGACGGCUCAGCCGAGAGGCCCUACUUCAUGUCCUCCACCCUCAAGAGGCUCCUGAACAAAAGCAACAAGAAACUGGCUGAAUCUUAGACAAGGGGGUGGGGGGCUCUGGUGGGGCCCCCUGCUCAUCACUGCCACCCGCCUCCCCAGGCCUCCCCGGGCCGUGGUCAUGGCCACCACCCCAGCGUGAGUUAGUACUGCCACCCGCACCGCCGGCCCGGUGUCACCCCCACUCACGCCGACACUGCAGAGGUCGGGGCCUUGGGGUGUCUGCCAGGCAUCCGGGCUGCGGGGAG